AUGGGUCUCGACGGUCUGCCUCACGCGCUGAGCUGCCUACCGGACGACGACGAGCCCUCCUUCCUCUUCGCGCGCGGCCUCUUUGCCUCCUUUCUCUCGGCCGGAAUCGGCGCGGCGGUCACCAAUCCGCUCGAGCUGGUCAAGGUGCGCUGGCAGGUGACGCCCGAGAGCAUGCGCACCGCGACCAACAUGAGUGGCUUUGCGAGCGAGAUCGUGGCCAAGGAGGGCGUGAUGCGAGGCAUAUCGGUCAACUUCAUGGCGAUCGGCGUGUCGGCGAUCGGGAGGGUAGGCCUCUACCCCACGGUGCGCGACGUCUUCGUUGGCGCCCGCGGUGGUGACGUCGCAAAGCCAACGCCGGGCGACAUGUUCAUCUCGGGGCUGCUCGCGGGUGCGAUCGGCUACUUCAUUGCCACGCCCGUCUUCGCGCAAAAGACAAUCAUCCAGGCCGAGGCGGGGCUCGUCGACCCAAAGUCGGGCCUGCUGACCACAGGCGCCAAGGCGGGCUCUGCACCUACCUCGCCCAACGGCUGGAUCGCCGGUAUGGCCGCCGUAGCAAAGAAGGACGGCAUCGGCGGCUGGUUCAAGGGCUCGGGCCCGCUGGUGGUGCGCGGCGCGACGCUCUCUGCGGGCAAUCAGCUUGGGUAUGACGGCUUCAAGACGGCCACUUCGGGAGUCCUUCCCGAGGGCACUCGAGCCGCAGAAGACAGGUCGCACACGUCAAGCCUCAUGCAGCAGAUCCUCGCCUCCAUCAUGGGCGCACUCGGGUCCACCGUGUGCGCGACCCCGGCGGAUGUCGUCACCACGCGCUACCUGGCAGAGCCGGGCAAGUUCGCGUCGCCUAUCGCGUGCGCCACUACGAUCAUGUCCCAGGAGGGUCUCGGGUUCCCCUUCCUGAAGGAGGCCGGCUUUUACCGCGGCUCAACGGCGCUCUUCGUGAAACUAGCCCCGCUGUACAUGCUGUCGCUGCCCCUCAACGAGGGGCUCCGCUCAAUGCUUGGGCUCAGCUCUUAG